AUGAAAGCAUGCGGAAGUGGGUCAACGGACGAAUGGCCUAAACUUAGUCUAAAAUCCGACGACAUGAUGCAGAACGCCUCUGUUAUCGUUCUCCCUGUAUGGAUCAGCAAGCCAAUCCUCUCGGAUAUUGAUGCUCAUUGUCGCCAUUCUGGUACCGGACCGGAGGUCUACGUGAACAACAAGAACGCCGCACUGCCAAAAGCCUGUGAGCGACCAACCACGGCAACUGGGCUACCGAGACAUAUCCUGUCUCGAUUUGGCGAUUUGAAACAUCAUCAGUUCGUCCGCCACCAGCUCCAGCAGCCUUCAGCCAUGGACGCCCUUGACCUCGAUACGUCUUACUGCAUUGUAUGCAAUCAGUUCAUAUGGCCAGAGCGAUACCAGGUAGCAGUUGAGGGAUCGGCACCGGCACCGGCACCUGCGCCUGUCUCCCCAACUGAUACAUCCACUCUCCGUGCUACCAAGAAACCUGUAGGGCGUACGACUCGCACGAACCCACAGAGGAAGCAGACACAGCCCCCCUUGCGCCGUAAUGCAUCGACUCGCAGGGCGCCCACUCUUCCCCCCCUUGAGGCCGCAAUCGAAACUUCUGCGACAAAAGUCCGAACAGUUAUUAGUCAAGGCCCCGCUCCUAUUUACUGCUCUGACGCCUGUCGAUCCCAUGAUGUCGAGUCUGGGAACCGUGCAGAGACGUCCCUGAAAACUCUGUUUGACCCUUCCUACUCCCCUUGCAAACCUUCCCCUAUUUCACCUCUCAUUUCGGGCUCCGAGAGCGACAUGGACACCGACCAUAGCAAUGCCGGUUACUUCGCACGCUUAAUGCCUCGCCGACCCUGGCUCGAUCGUCGUAUGAGCGGUGCAUCGACUGUCAGCAUGAGCUCCAGCUCGAGCGCAUCCAGCGGUAAGGAUUAUCUCUAUGAGAACCGCCGACGGGCCCGCGCAUACCUCGCCGAAUCAGCCGCUCGCCUGAACCGCUCCGAUUCCCCAUGUCAAUCUGCUCUUCCUCGGGACCAGCCGGAAGCAGCUGUUGUACUCCCACCGGUUCCCGAGCGCCCAGCCGCAGUUCCGUUCACUCAUCGUCGCUUCAAAGAGAGCUCUCAUCACGCAAUGGCUCUUCCCUUGCCCGUUGCCCCCGAUGCUUCCGAGCUAUAUGCGUUCUACCCUCUUUCUGUUCGAACUCGAUCGGAGGCUUCGGUCAGACGCGACCCCAGUCCGCCUGCGCUCUCAUCGUCGUUGCCUGAAAGCGGAACCGAGCGUACACCAACCCCCAGCGUCUAUGAUGCGCCCCUGUGUGGCUCGUUGACCGCAGAAAAGACCAAGGGUCUCCUGGUCCGAUCUGUUCUUAUCCGCUCAGAAUCAACUUCCACCAUGGAGCAACUCGGUAGUAACUGGGAUGAGGAUAACAUUCUUGACUCAUUACGAGGUGUUCAGUUGGACUCUAGGAACAAGACAGAUAGGGAAAGCCGUAGGUCUCGGAAACCUUUGUCCAAACCCAAGGCGCCAAAGAGCUUUUCCAACAUUGAGAAGCGGCGCAUACACGGAACCUCCACCCCCGAGGAGGUCGGCCCGACUUAUCCCGUCCUACAACUUCCCAGGCCCAAGAAGACUGUUGUCAAGACCAUCGUUGCCCGUGAAGUCCUCGAAGAUGGUACUGAGCGGUUAGUUGAGCGCAAAGUAACAGAGGAAGUUGAGGAGGAACCCAAAAAGUGA